GAGGCGGAUCUCUGUGGUGGACUCUCCCGGCCGCUCAUUCCCAAAGCGGGAGAACCUUCAGCAGAAAGCAGGAUGGAUCAGGUCAAGUACGGCGUCCAGGAAAAGCUGGAGAUUGUUGGGAUGGAGGACGAGGACGGGAACCCCAUCAGCGCUCUGAGCAUCCUGUCACUGCUGGAGCGCGUGGCCGGCAUCAUUGAUAACGUGCAGGCAGGCCAGCGCCGCAUGGAGGAGCGGCAGCUGGAGCUAGACGACAACAUCAAAAGUGUUCAGGGGGACGUCCUCAAGCUGGCCAAGGACCAUGCCGACGCCAGCGGCUCCAUCGACAAACUCCUACAGAAGACGCGCAAGGUCAGCGCAAACGUCAAGGAUGUGCGCGCGCGCGUGGACAAGCAGAACGUGCGUGUCAAGAAGGUGGAGAGCGCCCAGGACCAGCUACUCACUAGGAACAAGUUCAGAGUGGUCAUCUACCAGGGGGAUGCUGAGGUCCCGUCGGUGGCCAUCACCAAGGCUCCAAAGGUGGCGGGCCUGGAGGCUCUGGAGCUGGAGGCCGAUGCCUAUGACGUUCCGGCCGACCUCUCCUCAGAUGAGGAGUACCUGAGCAUGGAGGAGGCGGACCCCUCUCGAGCAGCCCGCUUCAAGAAGUCCAUGGUGAAGAGCAGUGAGACCCUCAAGGCCGCCUUCUCCAAGGAGAACAUGAGCAAGACCAAAGACCACCUGGGCACAAAGUUCCACCACCUGGGAGAGAAGGUUAUGCCCCCGGAGCGGCGCGAGAAGAUGCACCAGGCUGGAGAGCGCCUCAAACAGAGCGGAGAACGUCUCAAGGAGAACAUCGCCAAGAAGGCCCCCGCUAAGGACACCUUCCGUAUCAAGACCAAGAAGGAGCGCGCCGUGGCCGAGGGCCAGGAAGGGGGUCAGGAGGGCGCCCAGCCCCCGGGGGUCGCCUACACCGAGGUGGUCUCCAACACCAAGAAGGAGGGGCAGGUGAAGGACGCCAAAGUAGAGGACAAUUAAUAGACCAAAUUAGACCACAGAGGAGCUUGUCUGAUUGGCACCUGUUGGUGUCCUUGUCAUUAUGGCGAUGAAAAACAGCACAUCUUUCUCAUGCCUUAUUUGCAGCAUCACUGUGUCAGGACAGUAAUCAUAAAAAAUGAUUAUACCAUUUUUACAAAAAAUUGCCUUUCAAGUUCGUUUAGCAGACUUGUUCUUUAGCUUUUGCGGGGGACACCACUGUUAGAAAAGACAGGGGGUGUGGCCGCAUCAUUGAAGGCUUAAGUGCUGCUGGUUGUUUGCUUCCUGGGCGGGGCCUCUUUGUACCCUGAUGACACAUGGUAAGAUGGCGUGUGUUUUGGCCUUUUUUACACAAAAGGCUGUGUCUCAAUUGGUGCACUUGUGUACUUAAACUUAGUCUUUGGAGUGCGUAAGUCCAUUCACACCAAGAAGUACGGCAAAAUGCAGCACGCGCAAAAUAGUGUGUAGUGAUGGGCAACUACCACCCUCAAUAGUCGCCAUCUUGGUUAUGUACCGGAAAGGGCAGGACUAACUCGAGAGCUUGCAAUUCAUCAUUAAAAAGUAGGUAAAUAUUGUUGCAUCGUUAUUUUAGGUAAGUGAACAACUACAGUAAUCAAUUUGGGACAGUGCUACACACUUACAAUUCACAAUACUUAAUGAAUGUACGGACUCAAGUAUUCCAUUUGAGACACAGCAAAAGUAUACGCUGUGUCAAAGUCAGUUGUAGGACGCCCCCUAGUGGUCACAACAAAUAUCAAUAAAAUGUUCCAAGUGAAACUUUUCCUUAUUUUUCAACUUAUUAAUGUCAACUACAACAUUCAACAAGUGAAUUGUGUUUCCACUAAAGAUUGUCUUUGCCCUGUCUUUGCCCUAAUGCCCUGUCCUUCCUUUCUAUUCAAAACGAAGAAAUAAAACAAGCUGACCAUCCAA